UUUAUUGAUUUUUCUGCGUUACAUUCUUCCACCAGGAAGUGCAGGUUCAUGGGACACGUAAGCUGUGCCCAGCAACAGGGCUUUAAAAUAUUCAUAUUAUGAAAUUGAUGUAGUUAAAUCGAAGUGGCGGAAAACAGUGCUAGUAUUUUAAUAUACGUGUUUUAUUUGCGCAGAAAAAUACCUAACCAGUUGUCUAAGGCCUGAAUACUAGCGGAUUGAUCCAGGUAAGAGAUGACACUUAGCUGAAAUAGAAAACUAUGGAAAAGUUUGGUAUGAACUUUGGUGGUGGACCAAACAAGAAGGAACUGUUGGAAACUAUAGAAAGUCAGAAAAAGCAACUGACCCAGUACCAAACCCGUUUCAAAGAUGUGGUGAGGGCUUACAAAAGCCUUCUGAAGGAAAAAGAGGCUUUAGAAGCAAGUCUUAAAGUUCUCACUCAGUCCCAGGAAGCAGACUUGAACUUACAAAGUGAACAACCUUCUGGGGGCACAGACAGUGGUCGGUGCUCUUCCGACCAUGGAGAUGACAAAUGUUCUGUGUACAGCGAAGACAGCGUUGACACUGCUGCCAGUGCAGACACUGCCACCAGUGUGGCCAGCAGCAGCACCAAGGGGGAACUGAACGAAGACGAAGGGGGUCUGGCUGACCAAUUGACUGCUGGGCCAUCUUCCCAAAAGUCUGAGGAGAACAAUGGAUCUGAAAGUGGCGUCAGCUCUAGCAGUGGCGAGCAGCAGCCUGCAGGAGAAGCAGACAGGAGGGUCUUCCAGUUGAAGACUCAGCUUUCGACCUUGACUAACUCUUUGGCGACAGUGACCCAAGAGAAGUCUAGGAUGGAGGCUUCCUUCCAAGCGGAUAAGAAAAUGAUGAAGCAAGACUUUGAUGAUCUCACUAAAAAGCUGGAAGAAGAAAAGAGGAAACAUGAAGCAGAUAUCAAAGGUUUGCAAGAGCAGCUGGCAGAGACCAAAGCCCGUGUUAUAACCCAGCAGCAUGAGCGGGCGCAAGAGCAAGGUGACCAUGCCCUGAUGCUGCGGGAAUUGCAAAACCUGCUGCAGGAAGAACGGGACUUGAGACAAGAUGCAGAGCUGAGACUGGAAGAGAUGAAGGAAGCAUUGGUGGAGAAAAUGUUGGCAGCUGAUCGAGUGGUGGACUGUGAGUCCCAAAUGAAGCAGCUUUCCAAGAAGAUGGAUGGGAUGAAGAAAAGUCUGCAGGCUGCGGAGGAAGAGAAGUGCAAGCCUGAUCCACGUGUUGAGGAACUGCAGCAGCAAAUAGCAGAGUUAAAGGCACAUUUUCAGGGGCAACUGCAACAGGAGAUGAAAAAGGUAGCACAAGCUCAGGAACAGCUUCAAGAACAUUCCCAAAUGGAAGAGGGACGUGUCGCCAGCCUGGAGGACAGAAUUUCCGAGCUUUCUGAGCUUUUGGGCACGUAUGAGAAAGCCAAACAAAAGGACCAACUAACUAUUCAGAUGCUCAGAGACCGCAUAUUGCAGCUUGACAUGGAAAACAAGAGUUUGGCUAUAACUGCGACCACCAGGACUUCUGUAGAUCUUACUAUUGAUGAAGCCAAUUUGAAUGUGAACGUGUUGAAAGACAAACUGGAAAAGCUGAAAAAACUGCUGCUAUUGGCAGCACAGAAAUCCCAGCACUCUACUGAUAUUGAGAAACUCUGUGAGGUGGAGCUUGUGGUAAACAGUGAACCAUCAGAUGGGGAAAAGGCUUCUGUUGCUUAUUACCAGCAGGAGCUGAAGCAGCUGAAGGAAGAGUUUGAGCGAUACAAGAUGAGGGCUCAGGUGGUGCUCAAAAACAAAAAUGCUAAAGAUGGCAGCAUGGCCAAAGAGUUGGAAGAAGCGCGUGGUCAGCUGUCUGAGCUCAAAGAAAAGUACAUUUCCCUUCGUCUGUCCUGUGAUGAAAUGGAAAGCAAGCACAAACAGGAGCUUGAAGUAAGGCAACAGCACACCAUAAACCUACAGCAAGGUCAAAAGCAAAAGCUGGAAAAGUUAGAAACAGAGUACCGUGAAAGGGCACUUAAACUGGAGGAGGAGCUGCAUAAGCAAAGAGACCGGACCCUUGCCCUGUUGACAGAAAAGGACCAAGAACUAGAGAGGUUGAGGUCCAUGUCUUUUGGUUACAGCUUGACUGGGCAUAAAAACUACAGCGAGAACAAUGCAGCAGUGGAGAGGGAAGGAAAUAGUGGCAGCAGUGACUGUCCAGAUGAGACUCAAGACAUCAUUGCCCAGGCUCUGAAGCUGGCAGGGCCUAACGAGCCUAAUCUCCUUCUGUAUGCUGAGCAAUUAGCUCGGAAGCAGGUGGAGGUCAAUGCUUUGCGGAAACUGAAACACAGACUUGAAGGAGAUGUGCAUAAGCUUCAAGAUACACUCCUUACUAACGAAGAACGGCACAAUGAGGAGAUCAGAGUGCUUAAAGAUCAUAUUCAAAAGAGUACUAGAGACCAGAGCCGGGAAGGUGCUAAUCUUGAGUACCUGAAGAACAUUAUCUACAGGUUCUUGACUCUGCAGGACACCCUUGGGCGCCAGCAGACACUAACUGCCAUUCUGACUAUUUUACACUUCAGUCCCCAGGAAAAACAGGCCGUGUUGAAAUAUCAGGCUAGCAGCUGGUGGAGUUCUGGAGCAAGAUAAAACAGCUCAAAGUUUUAUAUAUACACACACACACUGCUCUCUCACUGUAACUCAGACACAGUCAGAAAUGACAUUCAUUGUAAAACAGAAGUGAUAGUUCUUAACAGACAAUGGAGUCUAUUCAAUAAAUCUAAAAGCAGCCUAGGUUAUAACAGUUAAACAUUUAAACAUGCAGAUUUUAAAAAAUUGAGUCUUGGGCACUGAAAAUGUUAAAAUAAUGAAGUGUACAGCAUUGUAAGUAUUCAUUCUAGUUUCAAAGGUUAUUCUGAUUAACAGAAAGUAAUUUCUGGAGUGGCACUAAAGAGUUGCCUUGAAUAUUUAUUGGUCAUAAUUAUGCAUUGUCAUUAUCAUCAUCAUCAAAUAGAUAGCACAGCCUAACACAUAAAGUGAAUAAAUAGUGCUGCACGAACAGAUUAUUUGAUUUGUUAGGUUAAGAUGUCCACAGAAAUAAGGUGCUGAGAUUUAUUUGUGUUGACUGAGUUAAUUUGCCAUUCAAAGUAAAACAAGUGAAGAAGCAACAGCCUGGAUUUGUGAUGACUGUUGCUUUUCUUCAGUUGUUUAAUUUUGAAUGGUAAAUUACCGCAGUCAACACCAAGGACCCUGGCCUGUGGAGAGCUCAAUUCGAAAUAAUUGAAUAAUCAGUUUGUCCAGCUCUAGCUGCAGAAAUGAUUAACAUUAGAAUCCCAACAUAUAUGACAAAAAUUGACAUUCAUUGUAAAACAGAAGUGAUAGUUCUUAACAGACAAUGGAGUCUAUUCAAUAAAUCUAAAAGCAGCCUAGGUUAUAACAGUUAAACAUUUAAACAUUUGUGCUUUGUAUCUGUAGAAAUAUGACCAAUCUCUGCAAGGUUAAUAUUUUAAUUAUUUCAGUGAUGAUGUUAUUUAUCUUCCUCUGCUUAAAUCAGUUGAUAGAGGUUUUAGUUUCACUUUACUGUCUGCUUGAAUUCAUUUUAAAUAUGCUCACAAAGAGAAUAAGGCCCCACCAUAGCCAUUAAUAAAUGUAGCUGUGGCAUCGCCAAAAACGUAUUUACUUCAGAACAUUAUUGUAAGUUUCAAAGUGACAGCAAUGUUUUGGAGCUUCAGUUCAAUGUUUUUGCAGCAUGCACAAAUGGCACUGGUUUAUGUAAGCAGAGAUUUUGAAACAGAAACAGUAGUGGACAGGUCCCAGGGUGGAGUUGGGAGCCACUGUUGUAAAGUAAAUGUGGAACCCUGUUUUAAAGUUAUUGGGUUGUAUAUUAAGGAACAAGUGGAAACCUUGGGUCUUUAAGAAUUUAAAAUGAUUAUAGGAAACACUCAAUAUUGUUGUUAUACACAGGAUAAAAUACCUUUCCUUGUUGCUUUAUGUAGGUCUAAUCAUUUGUAAUAUUAGCCAUUACAGUUAUCAGACAUUUCUAAUUUUGAGAAAACUGAAAUGGUACGUUUGUUUGGCAAACAAGUAUUUAUUAUAUUAUGUGGUAAUUAACCAUGUACCUGUGUAUUUCUGUAGAUAAAUGUAUAUAACUAUUCUGAAUUCUAGUCUGUCUUUAGACACAGCGUUUCCUUGCUUUGAUUUGUGCUUUUGUUAGUAUACUUAAAACUUUCUAUUAAUGUUUUUUUUUUUAUUAUUUGAUAGAUAAAACAGUAGUUGGGAUUUCUAUUUUAGAAUUGUUCAUUUGGAUUUGCUGCUGAAAUAUGAUUAAAGAACAUUUUGAAUUGUG